AUGGGUUUUGUUAGUAAAAUACUUCGUAAAGUAUUCUCAAUAAAGCAUCAAGAUAAUACGGAAAUGACAGAACGAUCAAUUACUGUUACCAGUGAUGGUGAUGAUACAAAAAAUUAUAAUAACGAUCAAAAUAAUAGUCUUGUAUUAAGAAGGAACAGAACGUCCAUAAAUACGCCUGACCGAACAAGCACUGGUGCACGUCGGGAUUGGCGCAGUGGCUAUAAAGAAAUUGAUGAACUUGUACAUGAAAUGAGAUUGGAAUAUCCUAAUCCCACGCAACAUUUAAUUUGGGUCCCUUUUAAUGAAUUUAUAAAAUGCAAACAGAUUGAUUGUGGUGGUUUUUCUACUAUAUAUGAAGCGAAUUGGAUAACUGCUGGACAAACUGUUGCAUUGAAAUGUUUGAAAGACUCUCAAGAUAUAAGUAUUGAUUUUUUGAAUGAGAUAAAAUCGCAUUGGGUUUUGUUUUUGCAACCUCAAUUUUUGAGAUGUUAUGGAAUCACUCAACAACCAAAUACAGGAGAGUUUAUGAUGGUUACGCAAUAUGCACCCUUUGGAAAUUUAUAUACAUAUCUUCAAAAACAUAAAAGAAUGACUUGGAAGGAAAAGAUUCAAAUAAUUAAGCAAAUUACACGUGCUCUUGGAGAAAUGCAUAAAAGAGAUCUUAUUCAUGGUGAUUUACAUAGUGGUAAUAUUAUGAACAUUGAUCGAACACAUUUUGUCCUUGGAGAUGUUGGACUUUGUGGACCUGCUGGUAGACUUACACAUUUAGUUAAAGAUAUAUGCAGGGGAAAAAGACCGCCAAUUCCUUUUGGUACUCCAUCAUUCUAUUCAGAACUUAUGAUAUCUUGCUGGGAUGAUAAUCCUUUAAAUCGUCCAGAUGCUGCAGAAAUUUCAAAAACCAUUUAUCAUUGGCUAGUAGACGAUUCACUUGAUCAUCGAUUAUUAGAUUUUAAAGAAAUAAAAGAAAUGCGGUUUCGACAGUAUCUCUCAUUAAAUCUUCCGCGUUCAAUUUAUGAACAAGAUACUAUGGAAGAAUUAUUACUAUCACAGAGCGAUACAGAUAAUCAAUCACAGCCUUCGCAAGAUAUAACAAACAACUUGCAGCCUUCACGAGAUGAUCACAAUCAUUUACCAAUUUCACGAAAUACUUAUAACUUUACAUCAAAUACACGAAAUUCAUAUACAACAAAAUAUUCAAGAUCAAAAGAAACUUAUAAAAUCUCAUCACCAACUAGAGAUAUUUAUAGUUUCUUACCACCAACAUCUAAGCAACAUCAUGGAUCCACUACUACAUCAAAAUCACUUGAAACUGAACACUCAGUAACAAAUCCGAUUAAUAAUCAAUUUAACACUGAAGGUCGCCCAAACGCAAUGAGUGUGUUCAUACCGGAAGAUGACAUCCAAACAUUACAAACAUUUUGGGCACUUGAAGGAACUAAUUCAA